AUGCUGAGAACUAGUCAACCUGGUGGGGCGGGGCAACUAUUCAAAAUGGUAGCAGAAAUAAUAUCUUCUAUGUUAGAAUAUUCUCACACGCCACCUCUUGCCCAAGGAUUUGAAAAGAUAUUGAUUUAUGAAAGAUCCUGCAGUGUGACUCCUGUUAAGACGUUAGAAGAUAGUUUCAACAAUGAUAACGUAAGGGCAAUAGGAGAGAAGAGUAAUCUGUUUCUGAAGUGA